GGCCCCGCCCGGACGGGACAGAUGCGGGGUGGCGCGAGGCCAUGGCCGAGCCGCGGGACGAGGCGGCCCUCGCCAAGCUGCUUGUGCGGCUGCAGCACGUGCGGGACGGGCAGCGCCUGGACACACUCGUGCAGACGCUGCAGGACCUGCUGGCGCUGGCAGUGCUGCCCAACGCCCCCGCGCUCUUCUGCGGCCGCGCCGCCCACGUGCCGCUGCUGCUGGUGCUGGACUCCUAUGCGAACGCCGCCUGGCUGCAGCAGGUGGGUUGGUCACUUCUUUGUAAAUUAAUAGAAGUUUGUCCAGCCACUCUGCCAAACAUAGUGCCUCACGAUGUCGGGAAGGAUUGGGAAGUACUUGGUGUUCAUCAACAGAUUCUCAAAAUGCUCACAAUCCACAAAAGAAAUGAGAACCUCUCAACAACAGGACUGAAAGUCUUAAAUUUACUCCUUACUUCAGAUGCAAUUACAUUUUUGCUCUUGGAGGAAGAGACAGAUGUAUUUUUGUUAGUAUUGGAUGCUAUGAACAUCUUUCCUAAAAAUGAAGAAAUCCAGCAAUAUGGUUGUAAAGCUUUGCACAGACUUUUUGAGAAAGUUCCAGAAGAGCAACUGACUGAAUUUGUGGAAAGCAAAGAUCAUAUGGUCAUAUUGAAUGUAUUAAAACAGUUUCAAGAAAAAGAAGAUUUAAUACUUCUGGCACUUUAUUCUUUACAUUCCUUAGCUGGUCCAUCUAGCAAUGUUGAAGUGCUCAUGUCUGGAAAUGUUCGAUGUUACAAUAUCAUUGUUGAAAUAAUGAAAAGGUUCCCCAACAGUGAACCAAUUCAGGAAGUGAGCUGCUGUUUGUUCCACAAACUUACAUUAGGAAACUUUUUCAAUAUUUUGGUUUUAAAUGAAGUACAUGAAGUCAUUGUGAGUGCUGUUAUAAGAUACUCGGCAAAUGCAAAACUACAAGCUGCAGCUCUUGGUUGUUUAGCUCUUCUCACUGAAACAAUAUUUUUAAAUCAAGACUUAGAGGAGAGAAAAGAGGAGGAGGAAGAAGAAAAAAUAUGUUGGUUGGAAGCGUGCUACAAUGCAUUAAAAUUACACCGAAGAAACAUAGAAGUACAGGAGGCUGCAUGUUGGGCUUUGAAUAAUCUGUUUAUGUAUCAGUGUAAACUUCAUGAGAAGAUUGGAGAUGAAGAUAAACAGUACCCAGCACACAGAGAAGUGAUGCUAGCUAUGCUGAUGCAUUCCACAUCAAAAGAAGUGUUUCAGGCAGCUGCUAAUACAUUGGCAACUUUAUCCAAGCAAAAUGUUAGUAUUAGGAAGGUUCUUUUGGCAAAAGGAAUACACAUGAAUGUUUUGAACAUAAUGAAGAAACAUUCGCACGCUCCUGAAGUUGCUGAGAGUGCCUGCAAAAUGCUGAAUCAUGUUUUUGAAGGAAGUUUCCUCCAUCUGGAUGUAAUGACAGUUACUGCAUCAGAAGUUGUAAAAGCUAUGAGGAAACACGAAAAGUUGCCAUCUGUUCAGCUGGAGGCAUUUCGAGUCCUUUUACAUUUUAUGGUCACUGGUACAGUGCAAGAACAGCCAAACACUCCAUUCAGAGCUGUGGAAGGUACUGACCUGGAUCUUACGUUAAAAGUAAUUAAAAACCAGUGUUUGCUGGAAGGGACUCACACACUGGUGCUUGAUGCUUUGAACAGGUUUAUUGGGAAUCCUGCUAUUCAGAGAUGUGGACUAAAAAUACUUUCAUCUAUAGCAGAAUGCUCUGGUGCAUUAGAAAUUUUAUCCCAGCAAGGUGCUACAGAUACUAUACUUCACACGCUACAGAUGUAUCCAGAUGAUCAAGAAAUACAGUGUUUGGGUUUGAGUCUUCUAGGAUCUUUGAUUACAAGAAAGAGUUUGUGUAUCGCUACUAUGCACGUGCUGGCAACAGUUUUGGUUUCUACUUUACGGAGGUUUAAUGAAGUCACUGAAAUACAGAUGCACGGUUUUCGCACAGUCUUGACAAUACUUGACUUGUCACCUUGUUUUGCUAAGCUGCUGAUACAUGAAUCAUUUGACACAGUAAUUUUCUAUCAGAUGUCCAUGUUUUUCACUGAACAGAGAAAUCAACAGUGUCAAAGCCUGUGUUGUAAAUGCUUUGCCAAAAUAGCUGACAAUGAUGAUAUUAAAAACGUGAUGCUGGAGAAAGCAUGCGCUGAGUGCAAUAGCAUUAUGGCCGAAUGUUUACUUUUACUGGGUGCUGAUGCUAAUAAGAAGACAAAGACAAACUCUUUAAUUUAUCAGGUUUGUGAGAAAGGAAGCAAUUCUAAAUUGGUUGAGCUCUUACUCAAUAGUGGUGCUCGAGAGCAAGAUGUCCGGAGUGCUUUGACAAUCAGCAUAAAAAAAGGUGAUAGCCAAAUCAUCAGCUUGCUCUUAAGGAAGCUUAGCCUGGAUGUAGCGAAUAGCAGUAUCUGUCUUGGAGGAUAUGGCAUUGGGAAAAUUGAGCCUUCCUGGCUGAUUCCUUUGUUCCCGGAUAAACCUGCUCCUUUAAGAAAACAAACAAAUGUAGGUUCUGCAUUGGCACGAAUGGUACUCAUAUACCAAAUGAAGAGUUUUUCAGAGUACAAAUCAAGAUCCUGUUCUGAUGUGACUUCCUGUGAUGAUCCACUGGAUAAAUCUUACGAUUGGACCUUCCUUCCUGACCCAUUAGUGGACAAUGUUUUUCACUUGAGUGAUGAUCUUGAUAGUGAAGAGAGUGAAAGUUCAUUUCAUAUGAAAAAGAAAUCCAAUUCCAUUGCGGUUGCUGACCUGUACAGAGAUACAGCCUUACAAAGAUAUUCUCCUACUUUGCAAAGACAUUCUAACUCUGUGGGGCCUGGUUCAGACUAUGAACCACACAUGAAGCAAAGGAGGACACUACUCUCUUCAGAAGAAUCUCUCAAAGGCAUAUCAAAACUCUCAACAUCUGCAAGGCAAUCAGAUAGUCUUUCUUCACUGAGCUUGGAAAAAGAAUGCAUUAAGUCACUAGACCUUUCAUCAAAUGAGCUGGAGAACAUUGAUGCUAUCAGUCAGAAUGGCUGCUUAACCAGUCAUUUGGAACAUCUCGAGAAACUAGAGUUGCACCAAAACACACUAUCAAGCAUUCCAGAACAACUGUGUGAAACUUUGAAAUGUUUGACUUGCUUGGAUUUACACAGUAACCGAUUUACAUCUUUUCCUACUUACUUACUGAAAAUGAAUUGUAUCGCAAACCUCGAUAUCUCUCGAAAUGACAUUGGCCCUUUCAUAACUUUGGACCCAAAUAUCAAAUGCCCAUCUCUAAAGCAGUUUAAUUUAUCAUAUAAUCAGCUAUCGUCCAUUCCUGAAUUUCUUGCAGAUGUUUUAGAAAAACUGGAACAGCUAAUAAUGGAAGGAAACAAUAUUUCAAGUAUAUGUUCACCCAUAUGCCUGAAGGAACUGAAAGUUUUAAACAUUUCUAAAAACAAUAUUUCAUCCCUUGCUGAACAUUUUAUCAAGGACUGUACAAAACUGGAGAUAUUCAGUGCCAGAAUGAAUUUACUUGAUACCAUACCUGAUUUAUCAUCUGGCAUAACAAGUUUGAAUUUAUCUCAAAAUCAUUUUAUUGAUAUUCCGGGUGCAAUUCUUCUUCUUCCACAUUUGCGGUCAGUAGAUUUAAGUAACAAUAAAAUCAUAAACCUACCUGGACCUGUGCAUUGGAAAUCCUUAAACUUAAGGGAACUCUUGUUUAAUCACAAUCAGAUAAGCAUCUUGGACUUGAAUGAAAAAUCAUGCGUGUGGUCUAGACUAGAAAAACUACACCUGUCCCAUAACAGGCUAACAGAGAUCCCUCCUCAGAUUGGCUUCCUUGAAAACUUGACCUCUCUGGAUGUCAGUUAUAAUCCUGACUUGAGUUCCUUUCCAGAUGAAAUGGGAAAGUUGUCCAAAAUCUGGGAUCUUCCUUUAGAUGGGCUAAAUCUUAAUUUAGAUUUCAAACAUGUGGGAUACAAAGCCAGAGACAUUAUAAGGUUUCUUCAGCAACGGCUAAAGAAGUCUGUCCCUUAUAACAGAAUGAAACUCAUGAUUGUGGGAAACACUGGCAGUGGUAAAACUACACUGUUGCAGCAAUUAAUGAAAUGCAAGCGCUCAGAUAUGGGAGCUCAGAAAGCUACAGUAGGUAUAGAUGUAAAGGACUGGACGGUUCAAGUGAAAGGCAAAGUGAAGAAAGAGCUGAUAUUAAAUGUCUGGGAUUUUGCAGGACAAGAAGAGUUUUACAGUACUCAUCCCCACUUUAUGACCCAGAGAGCCUUGUAUCUUGCUGUUUAUGAUCUCAGCAAAGGGCAAGCAGAAGUGGAUGCUAUGAAACCGUGGCUGUUUAAUAUAAAGGCUCGUGCUUCAUCAUCUCCCGUGAUUCUUGUUGGUACUCAUUUAGAUGUCUCUGAUGAGCGGCAAUGUAAGACCUGCUUGAAUAAAAUUACAAGAGAACUGUUGAAUCAAAGAGGCUUCCCACUUAUCCAGGAUUAUCAUUUUGUGAAUGCUAAAGAAGAAUCUGAUUCCAUUAUAAAGCUCCGGAAAACCAUAAUAAGGGAGAGUCUGAACUUCAAGAUCAGAGACCAGCCAGUAGUAGGACAGUUAAUCCCAGACAGUUAUCUGGAGCUGGAGAAGAGAAUUUUAUUUGAACGUAAAAACGUCCAAAGCGAAUUUCCUGUGAUUGAUCAGAAGCGAUUAUUAGAACUGGUGCAAGAAAGCCAGUUACAGCUGGAUGAAAAUGAACUUCCUCAUGCAAUUCACUUUCUGAACGAAUCAGGUGUACUGCUACAUUUUCAAGACCCAGCACUCCAGCUAAGAGAUUUGUAUUUUGUGGACCCAAAGUGGCUCUGUAAAAUAAUGGCACAGAUUUUGACAAUGAAGGUGGAAGGCAUUUCUAAAUACCCUAAGGGAAUUAUAAAACGUUCAGAAGUGGAAACAUUUCUUUUGAAGAAGAGCAGAUUUCCUAAGAUAUAUAUGUCACAAUACUUUAAGCUUCUAGAAAAGUUCCAAAUUGCAUUGCCAUUAGGAGAAGAUCAACUACUUAUUCCAAGCAGUUUGUCUGAUCACAGACCUGUUAUAGAGCUUCCCCACUGUGAAAACUCAGAAAUCAUCAUUAGACUGUAUGAGAUGCCAUAUUUUCCUAUGGGAUUCUGGUCAAGGUUGAUCAACAGGUUGCUCGAAGUAUCUCCUUACAUGCUGUCAGGAAGAGAACGAGCUCUUCGUCCUAAUAGAAUGUAUUGGAGACAAGGCAUCUAUCUGAAUUGGUCUCCUGAAGCUUACUGUCUGGUGGAAUCAGCAGUGUUUGACAACAAUCCAGCCAGCUUUUUGAAAAUUACAGCUCCUUCUUGCAGAAAAGGUUGUAUCCUUUUAGGGCAAGUUGUGGAUCACAUAGAUUCUCUUAUGGAAGAGUGGUUUCCUGGCUUGCUGGACAUAGAUAUAUGUGGUGAAGGGGAAACACUGUUGAAGAAAUGGGCUUUGUACAGCUUUGAGGAUGGUGAAGAGCACCAAAAAAUACUACUCGAUGAUUUACUUAACAAAGCUGAAGAAGGUGACCUCUUAGUAAGUCCAGAUCAGCCAAAAUAUACCAUUCCAAUAGCUCAGAUUGCUCCUGACCUGAUAUUGGCUGAUUUGCCUCGGAAUAUCAUGUUGAACAAUGAUGAAUUGGAAUUUGACCAAGCUCCUGAAUUUCUUUUGGGUGACGGUGGGUUUGGAUCUGUGUACCGUGCAUCUUACGGUGGAGAAGAAGUAGCCGUAAAGAUUUUUAAUAAGCAUACUUCACUCCGGCUCUUAAGACAAGAGCUGGCUGUGCUUUGUCACCUCCAUCACCCAAGCUUGGUGUCUUUGCUGGCUGCAGCAAUCCGUCCCAGGAUGUUGGUAAUGGAAUUAGCCCUAAAGGGUUCUCUAGAUCGUUUGCUUCAGCAAGAUAAUGCAACCUUAACCAGAACACUUCAGCACAGGAUAGCUCUACACGUAGCCGAUGGCUUACGGUAUCUGCACUCAGCAAUGAUCAUUUACCGUGAUUUAAAACCUCACAAUGUGCUGCUCUUCACAUUGUACCCCAAUGCAGCAGUUAUUGCCAAGAUUGCUGAUUAUGGCAUUGCUCAGUAUUGUUGCAGAAUGGGAAUAAAAACUUCUGAAGGCACACCAGGAUUCCGAGCACCGGAGGUUGCCAGAGGAAAUGUUAUUUACAAUCAGCAAGCUGAUGUUUAUUCAUUUGGCUUGCUUCUUUAUGACAUUUUAACAGCAGGCGGUAGAAUAAUGGAAGGCAUGAAGUUUCCAAAUGAAUUUGAUGAGUUAGCAAUCCAGGGAAAAUUACCAGAUCCAGUCAAAGAAUAUGGGUGUGCUCCAUGGCCUGAAAUUGAAAAUUUAAUUAAAAAGUGUCUGAAAGAAAAUCCUCAGGAAAGACCAACAUCUGUUCAGAUUUAUGAGAUUUUGAAUUCAGCAGAGCUUAUCUGUUUGAUGAGAUACAUUUCAAUACCCCACGUCUCUACAGCAGAGUGCAUUGUGGCUGCCAAUCAAAGCUGCAAGAAUGCAGGGGUCUGGAUUGGUAGUGGAAACAGAGAAAAUGCACAGCUUUCGAUUAUUAAUUUGAAUACAGAUGGACACAUGCUUGAGAACAUUGCAGACAGUAGAAUAUUAAGUCUGGCCUUGGUGACCCUUCCCACUGAAAAAGAAAACUGGAUUGUAGCAGGGACACAGUCUGGUUCCCUGUGGGCAGUCAGCACAGAAGAUGAGAAAAGCAGACACUGUCUUCAGAAAAUGUCAGAUUCUGUUACCUGCCUCUACUGCAACUCUCUUUCCAAGCAAAGCAAACAGAAGAAUUUCUUUCUGGUGGGUACAGCAGAUGGCAAACUAGCAGUUUUUGAAGAUAAAGCAGUAAAGCAUAAGGGUGCUACACCUGUGAAGACAUUGACCAUAGGAAAUGUCAACACACCAUUGAUGUGCCUAAGUGAUUCCACAUGUUCAUCUGAAAAAAAUAUAAUCUGGGGAGGCUGUGGAACAAAAAUAAUAUCAUUAUCUAAUGAUUUAUCUGUUCAAAAGCUUAUUGAUACAAAAACAAGUCAACUAUUCUGUCAUAAAGAUUACAGUGAUGCAAACAUUAUUUCAAUUGCAGUAGACAAGUCCAUCUACUUGGCUAAGAAAAACAGCCAUUUUGUGGAAGUUUGGGAUAAGAAAACAGAGAAACUUUGUGAACUAAUUGAUUGUGCACAUUUUCUCAAGGAGACAGUGGUGAAACUCGAUAACGAAUCAAAACACAGAGUGGCUUAUUCUGGAAGAGUAAAGACCAUUUGCUUACAAAAAAAUACUGCCCUUUGGAUAGGGACAGGAGGAGGGCAUAUCGUGCUGCUUGAUCUGUCAACGCGGCGUCCCAUCCAAAUAAUACAGAAUUGUUGUGACUCUGUUAGAGUCAUGCUGACAGCCCAGCUAGGGAACCUCAAGAAUGUUGUGCUGGUAUUGGGUUACUGCUAUAAAGGUAAUAAAGAAGUCAACAAAUAUCCAAAAGAAGUGCAGUCAUGCUUAUCUGUGUGGGAUAUUAACUUGCCACAUGAAGUACAAAACUUGAAAAAGCAUAUAGAAAUGAGACAGGAAUUAGCAGAAAAAAUGAGAAGUUUUUCUUUGGAUUAAAGACUCCAAGGCAAGAGACGUCUUAUCUCCAGAUUUUCCAUCAUUUUAACUUUAACACACAAGUGACUUUUUGUGUUUUAUUUUCUUACCUUCAGAGAAUGAUUUUCAUCCCCACCAAAAUCAUGAACUAGUAGAAGAAAGAAGUAAAAUCUCUUCAGAAUCUCAGCAUUAGAUGUGUGUACCUCCUAGGCAAGUAGUGCUGGUUUAAAUUGAGCUCCCCUAGCCUAUUUCUAAUCUAAUCUAAUCUAAUCAGAAGGAUUUCUCUUGGGCUGGGUGCUGUAUAUAAAGAGUAACUCUACUGAGUGGUUCUAAAUAAGAGUAAAAAUGUAAGCCUCAGUCUAUUUAUGGCCACUUGCAUAUAUGAACAUUUUUCAUGGAUCCUGUUUUUUGUGGUACUGUGCUAGAAGGACAAGAUGAACCUGUAAUCUGACCCAGUAUGGCAUGUUUUAUAUUGUCAUGUUUUGUUGUACUCAUAUUUAGUAUUCUUGAUUAAGUGGAGGAAAAUAUUUUAUAUUAUAUAGUAGCAGUACAACCAAUUAGAGGAACAUUCACUUACUGUACAACAGUUUUAAACAGCAGACUGAAUAGGUCAGACCUUUUCUCUUCCUGUAUGUAUCGGCAAUUUGGUAAUUUUCAGUCUGUUCAAAAAAGAUUUUGUGCUGAAGGACCUGAAAUAUUGCCUUGAAAUUCUGAAUGAAAAUGUAUUGAUAGACUUCGACAAGAAUAGUGCCUCCUUGCAGUACUACACAGUAUCUGGUUUCAGGCUGCACAGUCUCAUUCAUAUAAAGUAUGCCAUUGCAGAAAAUAUUCACACACCAGUGAUUAUACAGUUUGCCAACUUAGCUAAGCAGACACAGGGUUAUAAUGCCUGACCUGAAUGUUGCCUCAAGAAAUACACAAAGAAUGGCUGAUGCUUUUAAGGUAACCAUCCAGUCAGAUGCAAGGUAACCAUGGAGUAGUCAUGCAGUAAAACUAUGCAGUUUGCUUGUCUCAAUCUGAAAAAAAUGGAAACUAAAGGAUUGUUACAGUGCCUGCAUAGUUAACCAUUCAGCCGUAUUUUGAGCACCUUAUAUCUAUAUUUUUGUGGUAUGCAAUAGAAGCUGGAGGCAUUUAAAAAUGGGCUCCUUCUUGCCUUGCAUAGCCCCACUGGGCAGCUGUACCCAGGCAUAUUCAAUUAGAAGAUAACAUUUUAUUGUUCUACAUCUAUUAACUUAGUCUUCUGUUAUCCUGCACUAAGUGCCUUAUUUCUGUCAGUCGCACAACAGGCAGAUGCUUUUCUCUCUCCUUGAAACCAAGUGCAUCAUCUCUGUAGCAACCCAAAAUCCCAGGGAGUAACAAACCCAAAGCCAUUCCUGUAUUUGUCUCCUAUGGAGCCAAAUAGAGUGUCGCCACCAAACAAGUUCUCUCCUCCAGCGUUUUUCAUUUUAAAUUAUUCCUAUACUAGGGCAAUAAGGUUCCCUGGACUUUCUCCAAACGUAUCAGUAUUUAACUAUCUGCAAUUUGAUAAGGACAUACUCAGGGUACCUUUCAUAUAUACACCCUGUUUUCAUUGUGAUCUUAUAUUAUGUAUAUUGAGAAUAAUUUGUUAUUUAUAUGAUAUGUUAUAACUCGAAGUGUAUAUUGUUAUAAUGAAAAAUAAAGGUUUUUAAAAUAUCAAGAGAAUAUUUCACAUGUUGAAAUUGUUCAUGAUCAU